UCUGUGAGAUCGAUUCUAAAGGUAUUGGCUAACGAGAAGAUAGUCUCGAGUUUCCGAAGCUGGCACGCGUCUGUGCAGAAGGAAGGGAUUGAGGCCAUCGUGAGCAUCGUUGAACUACUUGAUAAAGAAAAGGGCUUGAAUUCUUGCAGGAGAGAAGUUGUAAAGACAAUCGUGAAAAUUCUGACGAGGAUGCUGCACAGCGAUCAUCUCGACAAGACGACAAUUUGGGAACACCAUCGUUUGAUCAUCCUUGAACUCUGCAAUGCAUCUUCAGUUUGCACACAGGUGAUAAGCUACUUGAUCUCGGAAUUGAAGAAACUCGUUUUAGUAGUGACUGAAAUUUCUGAAGAAAACGUGCUGAGUGCACUGGAUUUGCACGAUAAGUCCUACGUUAUUUUUCAUUCGCUUGACGUAAUCCUCAGAAAGUACAAAACCGUUGCUUUGGGUUCCUUGGCCGAUGAAAGAAUGAGUGCUUCUGAAAAGAUUCCGGAGGUGACGAAUCUUUGGAAGCGACAUUGGAGGGUCAAUGAGAAAGAGCCUGAUAUCUUCCUGACGGGAUUGAAGAAGCUGGAGGUCGUUGAGGACCAAGAAAAAGACUGGACCAGAGUACUGGAGGAAUUGGUCGUGUCCACUACGCAACAUUGGCCUCUGGUCAAAGUUAUGGCCUGGCAGUGUCUCUCUCUGCUCAAAUCAAAGAUCGACAAUUUAUCCACGGGCGAUGGGUCAAAGUUUGAGACUGAAAUUAAAUAAUCAAAGUCGAUGAUAAAUUUAUACGAACGUGCAUUCAAUGAGAAUUCGGGUAUAAUAUACUUUUAAGCAAGCGUAAAACAGUUUUCACCUUCUUCGACUGCAUAUCAUCUGCUGCUACAAUCAGUAAUGGGGUCACCUUCACGGAGAUGACCUUACGCAAACUCCAUUCCAGCAAA